GCCUAUGGUCUGGCACGUAAAGGAAAAGUCUACGUCUAUAUAUCUCUAUCUCAGCGAGAAAACUCCUGGGUUAAAUAACAAAUAACACUGAAAGUUCCCGUGACUGCAUUUUUUUCAUUGUGCAUCUUCAAUCUUCAUCUUUGCAUUUAAACGGUGAUAUUUUUGGGGUGUUGAAGGUGUGAAUCAAAUUUUCUAAAAGCGAUGGCACCCUAUAAAAUUGUUAUGGUUCGUCAUGGUGAAUCAGAAUGGAAUGAAAAAAACCUUUUCUGUGGAUGGUUUGAUGCCAAUUUGAGCGAAAAAGGGAAACAAGAAGCGUUGAGUGCUGGCAAAGCAUUGAAAGAUUCAGGUUACCAGUUCGACAUAGCGUACACUUCAGUUCUAACAAGGGCUCAAGAAACCCUUAAAUCCAUCUUAAACGAGAUUGGUCAAUCUAACCUUCAAACCGUUAAAACAUGGAGGCUAAAUGAAAGGCAUUACGGUGGCUUGACAGGUCUAAACAAAGCAGAAACUGCUGCCAAGUAUGGUGACGAUCAAGUAGCUAUUUGGCGCCGUAGCUUCGACGUUCCUCCACCACCAAUGGAACCUGAUCAUCCCUAUUAUGACACCAUUGUAAAGGACUCUCGCUAUGCUGAUGGUCCAUCUCCAGACCAAUUUCCAAAAUUUGAAUCUCUAAAACUGACCAUUGAACGUACACUGCCAUUCUGGAAUGAAACUAUCGUUCCGCAAAUUAAAGCUGGGAAAAAGAUUUUAAUCGCAGCUCAUGGCAACAGUCUGCGCGGUAUUGUCAAGCAUCUUGAUCAAUUAACCGACGAUCAAAUCAUGAAACUUAAUUUACCAACUGGUAUUCCAUUUGUUUAUACUUUGGAUGAGAAUCUCAAACCAAUCGAGAGUUUACAGUUCUUGGGUGAUCCUGAAACUGUCAAAAAAGCCAUGGAAGCCGUCGCAGCACAAGGCAAAGCCAAAUAAAAUCACGACAAAUUCUAUUAAAAUUUCCAUUAUUAAUUUAUGCUUUAAUUAUUUUAAAUAAGUUAUUAAUAAAGUUACAAUGAAUCAUGUAAUAGUAUUGAAGAAAUAUAACUGAAUUACAGUGCA